AACCCAAAGUGCAUCUUACCAGUUUGUCUUCCAUUUGAAGACUGACUAUUGCUGUUUUGAUCUCCAUUGUUCCUCCUUUCUUGCCUUUCCGUGGGGGCAGUCCUCUGAUCUAUACAAUGGGACAGUGGUCUGGUCUAGGGAUUGAUAAGUGAGAUACCACUCCGAGCUCUCAAUGGUUGCCUGUUGGAGGUGGAAAGUUGAAAAUUUUCCUGAUUAACGUAUUGGGAAAAGGACUGAGUUGCAGGGAGACAAGAAUGGAAGCACAGGUCUGAAUCUAUUGCAGUUUUCCAGAUAGAAAAUGAAGAGACAGUAAAAGACAUUGAUGAGGGCCUGUGAAGUUGGAGGAAAACCAGCGAUUUUGAGCAUCUUUUCACGUGCCUGUUGGCCAUCUGCAUGUUGAAGAAAAUUCUUUCAAGAAGUUUUGCUCUGGAGAGUGCCUAAGAGAGGGAUGGGGAAGCUUGGCCCUGAGCUAACAUCCGUGCCCAUCUUCCACUACUUCAUGUGUGGGACGUCUACCACAGCAUGGCGUGCCAAGCAGUGCUGUGUCCGCCCCCAGGACCGGCCGGGGAACCCGGCCAGCCAGGCUGAAAGGGCGCACUUAACAGCUGCGCCACCCGGCGGCCCCAAGUUAAUAUCUUUUAAAGGUGGAGAUACCGGCCUCAAUACAAACCUAGGAGCAUUCCAAUAGUGAGGGCCAGGUUGACGACACAAGAGAAGAGGAAAUAACUGCAGAAGCAGCGCCCUUGAGAAGGCUAGGGGCCUUGAUUUUCCGAGUACAAGCAGGGGGAUUGUCCACUGACAGGAAGAACGCUUUGCCCACUGUGAAAAGAGGUUAUAAGAUAGGAGCCGAUAUUGGUAGUUUCAUAGAUUUAAUGGUAGCAUGAUGAGGAAGUUCCUAUCUGACAGCUUCUGUUUUCUCAAUGAAUUUUCCAGAAAAAAAAUGGAGGAGGAGAGGUUCUUUUCCAGAGAAAGCAAAAUUCCGAAGGCUAACGGAACGCUGGGCUUUGGGCAACUGCACAUGGUUCUAUUCAAACUAAGGGCGUGUGUUGGGCAUGGGUUGGUGUGUCUGGACAGAAGGCGGGAGCAUUUAGCCUGGGCCACACUAUGAAGACCGUUUCCCAAACCCUAAGGCAAACGAACAAAAGCUCCCCGGCGUCCCCCGCAGCCCCGGCGGUGCGUUCCACCGGAGCGCGCGGGCCGCGGGAGGGCCCGCCCGCGCAGGGCACUUGGUAGCGGGCAGGUCGGCGCAUGCGCGCGGUGCCUCGUGGACUCGCGCUUCUUUUCGUCUUCAGUGUUGCUCCGGGUUUCUCCGACUUACCUGUUAGUGGUUCGCGGUCUCCUCGCCCGGGAUGGAGGCCCUGGAGGAGCUGGGGCUGCUGAUAGAGAAGAGUUUCGGGGAGGAGGCUGCGCCGGCGGCGGAGCGUUGGAGAACUUAUCCCAGGGUGAACUCUGCGCCCUCAGCUCGGCGUAAAUGGUCGGAGAAACUUGACCCACAAUCAUGAUUUCAGAAGAAGGUGGAAGCUUCCUUUUCUAAAACAGUUCUGAGCCGAGGAGUGGAUAACCGGUACCUGGUGUUAGAAGUCAAUGUUGUACAGAAUGAAGAAAGAAACCAUGAAAAACACCUUAUCAUCACUGCUUCUCAGUCGCUAGAAUAUAAAGAACUGUGCAUCCUUAGGAAUGACUGGUGCUCUGUACCAGUUGAGCCAGGGGACAUCAUUCAUUUGGAGGGAGACUGCAUAUCUGAUACUUGGAUAAUAGAUGAAGAUUUUGGGUAUUUGAUUCUAUAUCCAGACAUGCUGAUUUCUGGCACAAGCAUAGCCAGUAGUAUUCGAUGUAUGAGAAGAGCUGUCCUGAGUGAAACUUUUAGGAGCUCUGAUUCAGUCACACGCCAGAUGCUGAUUGGUACGGUUCUCCACGAAGUAUUUCAAAAAGCAAUAAGUGACAGCUUUGCCCCAGAAAAGCUACAAGAACUUGCUUUUCAAACAGUUCAAGAAAUAAGGCAUCUGAAGGAAAUGUACCGUUUAAAUCUGAAUCAAGAUGAAAUAAAACAAGAAGUAGAGGACUACCUGCCUUCAUUUUCUAAAUGGGCUGGAGAUUUCAUGCAUAAAUACACUUCAGCUGACCUCCCUCAGAUGCAGUUCUCUCUGCCAAGUGAUGGUAGUAACAAUAAUUCAACAUGUAGUAUUGAGGUCAUAAACUCAUUGGAUAUUGAAGAAAGCAUUUGGUCCCCUAGGUUUGGAUUGAAGGGCAAAAUAGAUGUUACAGUUGGGGUGAAAAUACAUCGAGGAUGUAAAACGAAAUACAAGAUAAUGCCAUUGGAGCUUAAAACUGGGAAAGAAUCAAAUUCUAUUGAACAUCGUAGUCAGCUUGUUCUGUACACACUGCUAAGCCAAGAGAGAAGAGCUGACCCGGAGGCCGGCCUGCUGCUCUACCUCAAGACUGGGCAGAUGUACCCCGUGCCUGCCAACCAUCUCGAUAAAAGAGAAUUAUUAAGGCUAAGAAACCAGAUGGCAUUCUCUUUGUUUCACCGAAUUAGCAAAUCUGCUACUGGGAAGGAGAAGACAAAGCUUGCUCCUUUGCCAGAAAUAAUUGAGGAACAGCAAACCUGUAAAUAUUGUUCGCAAAUAGGCAACUGUACUCUUUAUAGCAGAGCAGUUGAACAACAGAUGGAUGACAGUUCAGUACCAAUUGGCAUGCUGCCCAAAAUAGAAGAAGAAACUCAGCAUCUGAAGCCUACACACCUAGAGUAUUUCAGCCUUUGGUGUCUAAUGUUGACCCUGGAGUCACAAUCAAAGGAUAAGAAAAAGAAUUACCAAAAUAUAUGGUUAAUGCCUGCUUCAGAAAUGGAGGAGAGUGGCAGCUGCAUUGGAAACCUGAUCAGAACAGAACACGUAAAGACAGUUUGUGAUGGACAAUAUUUACAUAAUUUCCAGCGUAAAAAUGGUGCCAUGCCUAUCACAAAUCUAAUGGCAGGUGACAGAAUUAUUUUAAGUGGAGAAGAGAGAACGCUGUUUGCUUUGUCUCGGGGAUAUGUGAAGGAGAUUAACAUGACAACAGUAACCUGUUUAUUGGAUAGGAACUUGUCAGUACUCCCAAAAUCAACUUUGUUCAGAUUGGACCAGGAAGAAAAAAGUUGUGAUAUAGAUACUCCGUUAGGAAAUCUUUCUAAAUUGAUGGAAAAUACUCACACCAGCCAAAAACUUCGAGAUUUAAUCAUUGACUUUCGCGAACCUCAGUUUAUAUCCUACCUCAGUUCUGUUCUUCCACAUGAUGCAAAGGAUACAGUGGCCAGCAUUCUAAAAGGUUUGAAUAAGCCUCAGAGGCAAGCAAUGAAAAAGGUACUUCUUUCAAAAGACUACACACUCAUCGUGGGUAUGCCUGGAACAGGAAAAACAACUACAAUAUGUACUCUCGUAAGAAUUCUUUAUGCCUGUGGUUUUAGUGUUUUGUUGACCAGCUAUACACACUCUGCUGUUGAUAAUAUUCUUUUGAAGUUAGCAAAGUUUAAAAUAGGAUUUUUGCGCUUGGGUCAGACUCAGAAGGUACAUCCAGAUAUCCAGAAAUUUACAGAGGAGGAAAUUUGUAGAUCAAAGUCCAUUAAAUCCUUAGCUCUUCUGGAAGAACUCUACAGCAGUCAACUUAUAGUUGCAACAACAUGUAUGGGAGUAAACCAUCCAAUAUUUUCUCGUAAAAUUUUUGAUUUUUGUAUUGUGGACGAAGCCUCUCAAAUUAGCCAACCAAUUUGCCUCGGACCACUUUUUUUUUCACGGAGAUUUGUGUUGGUGGGGGACCACCAGCAGCUUCCUCCCCUGGUGCUAAACCGUGAAGCAAGAGCUCUUGGCAUGAGUGAAAGCUUAUUUAAGAGGCUGGAGCAGAAUAAGAAUGCUGUUGUACAGUUAACCGUGCAGUACAGAAUGAACAGUAAAAUUAUGUCCUUAAGUAAUAAACUGACAUAUGAAGGAAAGCUGGAAUGUGGAUCAGAAAAAGUAGCCAAUGCAGUGAUAAACCUGCCUAACUUUAAGGAUGUAAAGCUGGAACUGGAAUUUUAUGCUGAUUAUUCUGAAAAUCCUUGGCUGGUUGGAGUAUUUGAGCCAAACAAUCCUGUUUGUUUUCUUAAUACGGACAAGGUUCCAGCACCAGAACAAGUUGAAAAGGCUGGUGUGAGCAAUAUAACAGAAGCCAAACUCAUAGUUUCCCUGACCUCAAUCUUUAUUAAGGCUGGAUGUAAUCCCUCUGCUGUUGGUAUCAUUGCACCAUACAGGCAGCAGUUAAAGAUCAUCAAUGAUUUGUUGGCGCGUUCUUCUGUCGGGCCCGUCGAAGUUAAUACGGUAGACAAAUACCAAGGAAGAGACAAAAGUAUCAUUCUAGUAUCUUUUGUUAGAAGCAAUAAAGAUGGAACUGUUGGUGAACUCUUGAAAGAUUGGCGACGUCUUAAUGUUGCUAUAACCAGAGCCAAACAUAAACUGAUUCUCCUGGGAUGUGUGCCCUCACUAAACCGCUAUCCUCCUUUGGAGAAGCUACUUUGUCAUCUAAACUCAGAAAAGUUAAUCAUCGAUCUUCCAUCAGCAGAACAUGAAAGUCUUUGUCACAUAUUGGGUGAUUUUCAAAGAAGAUAAAGCACUGUUUUCCUUGCUUUUUUCAUACUAGCAUAGUGAUCUCCUCUAUUGCCUGUUAUUUGUAAUUUGGAUAUGCUGUAAAAUCAGUGCCUGGUUAGACUGUGAAGAUAACUUUUAUCCCAAGGGUAUGAAAUGAUGUACUCUGUUCAGAGUUCUAGUUUUUUGUUUUAUUUUUUUGGGUAUAAUUUUGUUAAAUAUAAAGUUCUAUCACAUACGAAAUUUAACACAAUAUUUUUUCAGUACAGGUAUACCCCAAACUGUGAAAAGUCUAAAUUUAUAGUUACUAUAAAUGUUUUUGUGUGACCUAGAAAGAGUUUGAUAAAUUUUACCAGCUUUAAAGAUGGAUUAACUUUUGGAUCUGAGGUUUAAACUUCUAAGUGUAAAAUUUCAAGACUAAUUUGAUUUUGUAGACUUUUAUCACAUUUUAUUUGAAAUAUUAGGUAAAGAAAAUUGAUUUAUUUUUAUCAUUUAAGCACAUUCUUGUGAUGAGAACAAAGGUGUGAUUCUUUUCUGUAUUUUGAGGUCCCUGAUCCAAAGGCCAUUUUGCUGUUUUUUCCUUUGACUUUUGCUUUCUGAUAUCAGCUAUGUUUUCACUUUGAACCUAGUCAUUUAAAUUAUUACUUAUAAAUUGAUUAUUUCCAAUUAAUUUAUGAUUCCCCUUAACUUCCCACUUGUUACUUUCCGUUUUCAAUAUUCUAGAGUAAAUUUGAUAUAAAAGAAAAUAAUUCUUACUCUUUUUUUGAGAAGAAAUUUUGUUUGCUGAAUUGACAAAUUUAAAAGGUAUAUCCCUAUUUUCACCUUUUCACUUUCAUAUGUCCCUUUGUUUUGAGGGGCAUUACUCACUUUUCCGUUUUUAUGUAAGGAUGUCUUGUAAAACAAAAUUACCUCAAAGUGCUUAAUGAUGUAUAUGGUGACUGAUUUUAACCUCAGUGUAUCCAUCUUCUGGGAGGAAAUCUCAUUUCUCUCAGAGUUUUUUUUUUUUUUAAUGAAUGUUAAAUAUGCUAAAAUUGUUGCUUCUACCUCACCUUCUUUUGAAAAUUAUUACUUGAAGUUUUAAAAAAAAUUUACUUAUAUUUUUAUUUUAUUUUUUGU